AUGGGCAUUCUACAAACCCUUUUUCAUGCCGAAGAAGACAUUCAAGGCUCUAAAUUCAGAGCCAUCUUCGUCGGACUUUUCGUCGCUUUUGGUGGCAUUUUAUUUGGAUAUGACACCGGUACAAUCUCGGGCGUCCUAGCAAUGGACUACGUCAAGCAACACUUCACUUCUCGUGGUCACUUUACUGCCAACGAAACCUCACUUAUAACUGCUGUUCUGUCCGCUGGCACAUUUUGUGGAGCCGUUCUGGCACCUUUGGCAUCCGACACCCUAGGCCGCAGGCUCGGUCUUAUAAUCUCUACCGUUAUCUUUACCAUUGGCGUGAUUUUGCAAGUAGCGUCAUCGGGACAGGACUUGCUGAUCGCCGGUAGAGUAAUUGCCGGCGCAGGCGUCGGAAUUCUGUCCGCCAUUGUUCCACUAUACCAAGCCGAAGCCUCUCCAAAAUGGAUCAGAGGCGCUGUUACGUCGUGCUACCAAUGGGCAAUUACCAUCGGUUUAUUACUAGCUGCCUGUGUGAACCAGGGUACUCACGCUAGAAACGACUCUGGUUCCUACAGAAUUCCGAUCGCCAUUCAGCUUGUGUGGGCACUUAUCUUGUUCAUCGGAAUGCUAAUUUUGCCUGAAUCGCCCAGAUUUUAUGUCAUGAAAGACAAGAUGCCCCAGGCAAGCGAAGCACUUUCCAAGCUCAGAGGUCUCCCACAAGAUCACGAAAACGUUCAAUCUGAACUUGAGGAGAUUAUUGCCAACUACAACUACGAACGCUCUUUUGGCAAGUCGUCCAUUUUCAAUUGCUUCAAACCAACCAACCAUCAGCUGAAGCGCAUUAUCAUCGGUAUUUCUAUCCAAGGUCUACAACAACUGACCGGAAUCAACUUCAUUUUCUAUUAUGGUACCCAGUUUUUCCAGAACUCUGGUAUCAAGAACCCUUUCAUUAUACAACUGAUCAUGAAUGUGGUCAAUGUUGUGAUGACCAUUCCAGGCAUUGCAUUGGUUGAAGUCGCUGGCAGAAGGAAUUUACUUCUAUGGGGUGCGACCGGUAUGUGCAUUAGUGAACUCAUUGUUGCUGCUGUUGGUACCGCUCUACCAAACAGUUUAUCUGCUAACAAAACGUUGAUUGCAUUUUCCUGCACUUUCAUUGCCUCCUUCGCAUCUACGUGGGGCCCAUUGGCUUGGGUUGUCGUGGGGGAGAUUUUCCCCUUGACUGUCAGAGCCAAAUCGGUUGCUGUGUGUGCUGCUUCUAAUUGGCUUUUCAAUUUUGCCAUUGCCUACGCUACUCCAUACCUUGUUGACAGCCAGCACGCAAACCUACAGUCAAAGGUGUUCUUCAUCUGGGGAGGGUGCACGUUCUUGUGCUUCCUAUUCGUUUACUUCUUCAUUUACGAAACUAAAGGUUUCACACUUGAGCAAAUCGAUGAGCUCUUUGAGACAUGCAGGAGUGCCCGCCAUUCAAAAGGUUUUGUUCCAUCUGCCUGCUCUGCGGCUAGUCCCGAUUCGUGUUCGGAAUCGAAUAAAGCUAUUGUUGAGACAAUCGAGAAAGUAUAG